UAGGACGAACUUGUUCAUCUGUCAAUCAAAGCGCUCAAUGGGCUCCAGCCGCGGCGUCGCCUCAGCUCAGCUCGGCUAACGGUCGAGUCGCGCACGCCAACACGCUCCAGAACCCCGUCGUCGUCUCGCGGUGCUGAGCCUGCUCCAGUUAUCAGCCGUCGUCGUCGUCGUCGUCCUCGUCGUCCUCCUCCAAUCCGAACAUGGACCGCAGCGGCCGGACUUGAGAGCUUCUUCCUUUUCGUGUGCGUUCUUCGUCUCCCGGGAAGAGGAAAGACAUGGCCCGCGCGCUGGUUCUGAUCCACUCGGCGCUCCUGUUGCUGUUCGGGAGCGACGUGUUCCUGGUGCGGGCAAACCGGCCGCCGCCUCCCGUCAACGUGUCCGUCGUGCACCUUCGCGCUGACUCGGCCACCGUUUCCUGGGAGGUCCCCGAGGGAGACGUCGUCAUCGGCUUCUCGCUCUCCCACCCAAAGCAGGACGGACACACGCGGCGUUUCAUCCGGGAGGUGAACACCACCGGUCGAUCUUGCGUCCUGUGGGACCUGGAGGAGGAGACGGAUUACGUGGUCCAGGUGCAGUCCGUCGGCCUCUACGGGGAAAGCCAAGCCGGCGAGAAAGUCCACUUUCGCACGCUCGAGAAGACGGACCGCUUGACCUCCGACACUUCCAAUCAAGAUGACCCGACGCUGCGGGGCCUGCAGAGGUCGCGACAUCUGCAGACGGGAGAGGUCGUCAUAAUAGCGGCGGUCUUGCUCAUGUGGGCAGCCGUCGUCGCCCUGUUCUGCCGCCAGUACGACAUCAUCAAGGACAACGGCAAGGAGAAGGGCAAGCCGCUGUCGCAGAGGAGCGCGCCGGAGCGCCGCAGCGGAGGCCUGCUCAGGAGCAAGUUUCACGCGUCUGCGCCGACCAUCAACAUCAUCGAAGUUUGACGACGAGAAGAAAGCGGAGCGGGCUCUGCCGACCGGCCGCUUCACGACGCCGCCGCCGCUCCUGCCCGCCUCCCGCCAUUGAGACGGCUCAUGAAAAUUUCAUAAGACUUUAUUCUUAUUAGAUUAGUUUAUUAUUGUUUGACUUUUUAAUAAGAAAUGAUAACACUUUCCUUCAUUGUCGCGGGCGCGCUGAGAGGCGGGUACACCCUGAACUGGUCGGCAGCCAAUCGCGGGGCACAUCCAGACAAACAAGCAUUCAGAGUCUUCAAUCAGCGUAGCAGCACGCACGUUUUGGGGAUGUGGGAGGAAAGCGGAGUUCCCGGGGAUUGGACCCGCAACCUCACAACUGUGAGACGGAUGCGCUAACCAGUCGCCCGCCGUGCCGCCGAAAACACUUUGCUCAAAAACAACAAAAACAUUUCUCCAAAGCUUGACGACGUCUGCUCGAGUCGGUUUGUUCAUGAGGAGACGAAGUGACAUCAUCAUCAUCAUCAAGACCCCAUUUUUGGGUGUCUCUCGCUCUCUUUCGAUACGAAUUACAGCGAUCUGCUGAGCGUACGCUGCCAAAAGCAACAGGACAUCCAAAAUGGCCAACGUUUGCUUUUCAUCCUCACUUGUUCAUUUGUUGAGCGUUGCCAAAUCAAUUGUUUCCUCACGAUGAUUCAUUCCGCAGAAAAGCCUCAAUUAGAAAUGACACGUGACGACAUUUGACAUCGGCCGAGCGGGUCUCGCUGGCGGCGGCCUGUUACCAUGGCAACGCGCUGGCGAGAUACGACACGGGGAGCCAUUUUGUUUACAAAAAGCCGAAUUAUUCCCUCGUUGCGCUCGGAGGACAUUCGAUCGACUUCAAAAUGUCGGUGAGUCGAAUGAAUACUUUCCCAUCAAAUUUGCAUUUUUACAAUUGGAGUCCUUUAAGUUUCAUUCUUUGUACAAAUCAUUUUAUUGUGCAUAAAUAUGUACGAAAGCAAA